AUGGGAGAUGUAAUGGAUAUUAUUUCUAAAGAGAAUACUACUACUACUAUCACUAUAUUACCUCCUCACUCGUCUAAUAAUAUAAAAGAUCUGAUUAAUCACAGCAAUAAUAAUAAUGAUGAUAAUGAUGUUAUAAUACAAGACAAGUCUCCUGUCACAGUAGAAGGUGAAGGAAAAGGAGUAGCAAUAGCAAUAGAUUCAGAGAUGAGUAACAAUAAUAACAAUAACAACACCAUUGAAUGUAAUAGUAGUAAAAGAAAACGAUCAGAAGAAGAAGUGACGACUGCUGAAGCGGACAACAACAACAAUACUAAGGAUAAUAAUAAUAACAUUAUUAAUAAAGAUGAUAAUAGUAAUAUUACUUCUACAAAUGGAUGCAAUGAAAAUGGCAUCAACCAACAUACAUCGCCUCCAUCUCUAUCACCCUCCCCUUCAGACGAGCCAUUGGAGAAACAACAACAACAACCACCAAAUCAAGAUGUAAUGGAUAGUAGUAGUAGUAGUAGUAGCAGUAGCAGUAAUACUUCUACUAUAAAUGUCAUACCUCCAUCAACAACAACAACAACAACAGAGAUAUCAGAGUCAACGCAAACACCAACAUCAUCAUCUACGACUACUCCAACCAAGGAUACAAAUGAUAAAAUAAUAAGGGAACAAGAACAAGACAAUGACAUACAACCAGAAGAAGAAGAGGAAAAACAAAUACAACAAACUAAAAAGAAACAAAAGAUAGAUCCACAAACAACAUCAACAACGACAACAAUGGAAUUGGAAAACCAAAAUGGAAAUAACAGCAAUAAUACUACGGAUAAUAACUCAUCAACUAUUAAUAAUAUGAUAACAAGAUCACCUCCAAGAACAAGGUCACCAACAAGAAUGAUAUCACCUCAAACGACAUCACCUACAAGAACAAGAUCACCUACAAGAAGGAUAUCACCUCCAACGGCAUCACCUCCAAGAACAACAUCACCUACAAGAACAAUGCAACUUAGACCCAAAAAGAAUAGUGGUGAUGAUGGAAUGGAGGAAUUAUUUUUUAAACAAUUGAUAGAUUUUAAUCUUGCUCAAGCAUCAUUUAAAUCAACAAAAAGACCAACACUAAGAGGCAAAAAGGUAGAACUAUUUAAAAUAUAUAACAAGGUGAUUGAUGAUUAUGGAGGUUACAACUUGGUUAAAAAUGGUUGGAAUGAAAUUGCUGCCAUGGAAGAAUUUACAGGAUACAAAGGUGCUGAAAUCCGUAAACUUUAUUUGGAACAUUUAUUGGAUUUUGAAAAAACAUUUAAACAACCAGCAGUUGAACCUAUAUCAGAUAUAAAUGAAUUGGUACAAGAUCAAACCGAUCAACAGGGAACACUGAGUGAUGUACUCAAAACCAAUUUACUUGGGAAAAAUCAUAAAAGAAGAUUGUUGAAUACGCAAACACCUCCGUCUGAAAGGUUGAUUAGAAAGGGAACAGUACCGGCUUUUCAAACCUAUGAACAUGAUUUGGUUGGAAGUAAAAAUAUAACUAUUUUUGACAAGAGAUUGUUUGUUCAAGCUUUAGAGGAACGUGUAUCAGAGCUUGCCGAUUCAAUUACAACCAACAAAUCAACAUCAUCGAAAAAGAAGAAACAGGCAGCUGCAGCUGCUGCAGCAACAACAACAACAACAGCAGUCGCUACUACGCCCAAAUCAUCAUCAUCUAAAAAUAAUACCAAUCAUUCCACUCCAAAGCCUACACCACCACCUAAAUCAACCGAUACCCCAACCACCACAAAUCGCAAGAAUGCUGUUGUUGAAACACCUGUAAAGUCUACCAAACCAUCACCAUCACCAUCACUAUCACAACAACAACAACAAGAUACUAUUCCAAAACCACCAAAACCACCAAAACUUAAACCAAGUCAAAGAGAGGCAAUGGCAAGAGAGGAACAAGAAAGAAGAGAAAAGGAGCGAGGCCAAAGAUCAAGACUUGAAAGAGCAGAAAGAGAAAAGAUGCGUGAAGAAAAUAGAAUGCAAGAGUGUAUGCGUCAAAUUGAAAAACAAGAAAGAGCAAUAGGAAUGGUAGGAGGAGCAGGAGGAGUAGGAGUAGGAGGAGUAAUGGUAGGAGGAGAGAUGAAAUUUGGCGACGAUAUAUAUGAAUCGGUAUACAACGAAAAUACCAACUUUGGACAUCUAACAAAGGAAACUUUACAAAUUAGAAUGAAAGAAUUAGAGGGUAUCAUUGCCUUUUUAAGCCCUAUUUUAGAUGGAGCAACAAGAGAAAAGGAUCUCAUUCUACAAAGAUAUAAUCAAGCUACUGAUAAAUAA